AUGAAGUGUCUUGCCUUGUGGUGGUUAGCCCUACUUUUCGUGGUGCAAGUACAGGGAAGUGAUUGGGGAGCUUGGGAGGAUGAAUACAUCGUCAAAAAGAUCAAGAAACCAGUUCCGAUUCCACACCCUGUCCCGGUGCCCAAAAUCAUCCCUGUCCCCAAGCCUUAUCCUGUAUACAAGCGUGUACCUGUCCACGUUCCUGUCCACAUACCUGAAAUCAUUCAUAAGGUGCAACAUAUUCCAAAGAUCGUCCACGUACCCAAAGAGGUCAUCAUCAAAAAGCCUGUACCCGUUCCGCACCCAGUCCACCAUCCAGUGGUAGUCAAAGUGCCACAACCUUACGUGGUGAAAGUACCUCAGCCUUACCCUGUCCAUAAGCCCUAUCCUGUAAAAGUCCCAGUUAAGGUACCUAAGCCUUUCGUCGUACCCCUGCAUAAAGAAGUGCCAGUACACGUGUCUGUUAAGGUGCCAUUUGAAGUACCUUUGGUUAAAGAAGUACCAUAUUACAUCAAUAAGCCUGUGCCUGUCUAUGAGGAGGAGGAAGGCUGGCACUGAAGACUGGACUUAUAAAGAGGUGAAUACAAUUGGACGAAUUCAUAAAUGUUACCUUUCAUCAAAAGACUGUCCAAGUCUU